GAUGAGCGAUGAAAGAAAUUAACCUUUUUUUUCAUGCCGCUGUGACUCAGCACAAAGUUCCCUCUAAAGCCAGCUGCCAGAGGACUGUCCAGUCUGUCCCACCUGGGGAAUAUGUCCAUGUGUCUCCGUUCACUGUAACUUGGCCGUAGUUUGACAUGAACGCUGUGUUUUUUGGAGUUUUUUUGCUCCAGGCCGUGACCCCUGUGCUGGGUUUUGCUACCGGAGCUCCGGCCUCAGUCUGUGGGAGCAUGAAGCCUGAACAUUCAAGAGUUCAGCCUCAGCCAGGCCAGCCUCCGUACACUAUCGAAACCAGCAACAGCACUUUUCAGACCGGACAGCCUCUUACAGUGAUAAUUAAAGGUCCUGAUUACGGUGGAGUUUUACUGGAGGCUCGCUCAGGAUCCAGAACCAAUGCUUUGGGCAGCUGGGAGAGUCCACCAGCUAACACUAAAUACUUACAGUGCUCAGGAAACAAUCAAGGUGCCAUCACGCAUUCCAACGCCAACAUGAAGAGCAACCUCACCGUUUACACCUGGAUCCCUCCAGAAACCUCCAACAGCAUCUAUUUCGUGGCCACUGUAGCCAAAGACCGAUCCGUUUACUGGUUAAAUGUCAAGUCAGCCACUCUGACCAGAGAUGGAGCUGUGGGAGCCGGCUCUGCUGCUGAUCCUAAGAUGGCCACUGCACCUGUGCUUCUCGUUCUCACCAUGCUGGCGUCAACGUUGUUUCAAAGCUAGGAACAAAGAAACAGCAUCAGGUUACCAGCAAUUCAGCCUUUGGGAAACGACACCAUGCACUUAUAUAUAAUUACCAAUAAACACACGUACGUACACGUGUUCGCUUUAGUGUGUGGCUUGUUCUGAAAGAGAUCAGUGACAAUGAGAGGAGAGCAAUUACAAAAACAUUGUUUGGAUUCUUUUGUUUGUGAGUAUGUAUAUCUAUAUGUUUGUGUGUCCUUAAACGGGCAUUCCGACUUAAAAACAAGAAUGUCAUAUUUUAUUCAUCUUGAUAUGCAUUAUUCUGUAGCGCAGCAUUACAGAAAAGAUACAUUUGCAUAUAUUUUACAGUCAAGAAAAUACAUGACAAAUGUGUUGUAAUAUAGUCACAGUCAUAUUAAAAUACAUUCUUUAAAUUGCAAUAUAUUCUCAAAUGUUUUCCAAAAAAAAUACAUUUUGACGUAUGUUAAGAAGAGUAGA